GAUGUAUAUAUGUGUAGCCCUCGUGUUCUAGUAGAACACAUGGGUGCUUUGAUACAAGCUGGGAAAAGUCUCGCUGGAAUUACUGCUGGAAGCCUGCUGGGCCUAUUCUCUAUGGGCCUGUUUCUGCCCUGGACCAACGCAACGGGCGCUCUAACAGGCGGGAUAGCGUCAACUCUACUCGUCGGCUGGAUAUCCCUCGGCACCCAGGCAGCUAUGAUCCGCGAAUUCACACCACUAUCUUUCAAUAAUGUGGAGUUUGACAGGUCAGGAACGUUCUUCCUGUAUAGACUGAGCUACUUGUAUUAUACGCUCGUCGGGAUGAUUGUGUGCAUCGUGGUCGGCUCCAUCGUCUCGUAUUUCACCGGACCCAAUGAUCCAACUAUGGUGCAUCGCGAUCUCUUGACGCCAAUGAUCCACCGGUGGCUGCCUGAGCAGCACCCGCACUGUCGACGCCCUCGGCUCACUCAGCACGACAUCGAACUGCACGCGAGAGAACUCGAAGAAUUGCGGGCCAACUCUGCUUACAAUAAAAUAAUUGGCAGCCAAGAAGGGGGUCGGCAAAUCAAUAACAAUAUAAACAUUAGCUAG